AUGGGUCUCUUGGAGAAGUUAUCUGAAUGGUUCGGCGGUGGUGGCACACCAGCUACUGUGCUGGUUUUAGGGCUUGACAAUAGCGGAAAGACCGCUCUACUGCAAGCUUUUAGACAACCAGACCAGCGCAACUCUAAGCCUACAACGCCUACUGGUUUACAGAACCAAGAAGUGUUUCAAAGUGGUGGCGUGUCAUUCAACGCGUGUGAACUGCGUGGUGCUGCGAGGAUGCGGGCUCUAUGGGAGCGUGAGUACGCGCACGCUGAAGCACUGGUGUGGGUGGUGGAUGCAGCAGACCGACUCAGACUGGCCGUGGCAAGGGACGAGCUCCAGUUGGCCAUGGCUCAUCCAUCUCUAUGCGCACGCCGGCCACCACCACCGCUCCUCGUGCUUGCUAACAAGACAGAUCUACAGAAUGCGUUGUCGCCUACGCAGUUGGCAGCAGCGUUGGGCCUGGAACGAAUCACAGACAAAGCGUGGCACAUCUGCGCGACCAGUGCAAUAACAGGUGCCGGAGUACCAGAGGGAAUAGCGUGGCUCGCAAGACAACUACGCGACCAGAAGAUACAAAAAACACACAACCCCUAA